UAUAAAAUAUAUUUCUAUUAUUUUAUUUAUUUCUUUAUUCAUCUUGCAUUUUAGUGAACAAUAAAAUAAAUUAUCAAACUUCGUAUGAUAAUAGUUAGUGCGAAAAUAAUUAGAUAGUGCACAAUCAGAAAGUAUUUGGCUAAAUUACAAUAAUCUUAAAAAAUUAAUACCUAAAAUGUAAAAAAAAAAAUACAUAAAUGACAUGUUGAAAAACAGCCACUUGACAGAUAAAGGAAAAAACCAACUUUAUCUAUAUAAAUGUUUUCUCUUUGUGGUUUUAAGUUUUAAGAAAUAAAAAAAAAGCCUAAGAAAUGAAAAUGAAAAGAAGAUUAAUGAGAGAAAUAAAAAUGAAAUAAACAUUCAUUCGAAAAAAAAUGAAAAGGAAAAUAAGACUAUGGUAUUCUGAAUCAAAUCUUGUUACAGAUUAUGACCUUAUAGCUUAGUGAUUGAUCAACUUCACCAUCAAGAUACGAAGUAUGCACCUGCCGACAGAAAAAGAAAAAUUAAUGUAUGUGGAAAUUUUGAAAUCUUUCUGGUAAAAGUCAAUCAGUCAACUAAAUCUGACGACUUUUGUCAAUCAAUCACGGAUUCGAUCUAUGUGGAAAAUUUUGAGGCAAGUGGUCUAAAUCAAUGAGAUUGGAAGACUUGGCCAAAACCAUCCGACGACUUGCCGCAAGACUUGCUAAAGUCAUGACAAAUGAAUUUUUUUUGUUUUCCUAUUUUAAAAGAGCUAUAAUCGUACAAACCCAUCACAAACACAAGAAAAAAAAAGAGAGGGGAAAGAUGAUGUCAAGUCACUCUUAUUGGUUUUCUAGUGUUGUUACCUUAUAUUUCUUCUUCUUGGUUUUCCGCGUUUUACACACUCUUGCUUCUCCUAUUCACCACUAUUGCUGUCAUGACCAGAGAGAUGCCCUUCUUGAGUUCAAACACGAGUUUCCGGUAAAUGAAUCCAACUCAGGUCCAUAUUUAAGUUCAUGGAAUAACAAUCAUGAUUGCUGUGUUUGGGAGGGAGUCACAUGUGAUGCUAAAUCUGGCAAAGUGAUUUCACUUUACCUUUAUGACAUCCCUCUCAACAACUCUUUGAAACCAAACAGUAGUCUUUUCAAACUCCAACAUCUUCGUAACCUAACUCUUAUAGCUUGCUCUCUCUGUGGAGAGAUUCCCUCUUCAAUAGGAAACCUAACUCAACUAGAAUUUCUAUAUCUUGACUCUAACAACUUCAAGGGAUAUAUUCCUGCUUCAUUUGCCAACUUUACAAAACUCUCCCUUUUAGACCUCUCAAAUAAUCAAUUCAAAGGUGAAUUCCCUCUUGUACUACUAAAUUUAACCACCAGUUUGUCCUCGUUAGACAUUAGCUCUAAUCUUUUUAAAUCUAAGCUUUCGCCUGACGUAAGUAGAUUCCGCAGCUUAGAGUAUUUCAGUGUGGGUGGAAACUCAUUUUUUGGGCCUUUUCCUACAUCCUUGUUCAUGAUUCCUUCGUUAACAAGGGUUGAUUUGUGGGGAAACAAUUUCAAUGGACCUGUAGAAUUUAAGAAUAUAUCUUCGUCAUCUAAGCUUCAGAUUCUAUACCUUGAUCACAACAAUUUCACUGGACCAGUCCCCAAAUCCAUAUCAAAUUUUCCUUAUCUAUAUAGGUUAGAUCUUAGUGACAACAAUCUCAUUGGACCAAUCCCCAGAUCUUUAUCUAAGCUGGUCAACCUUGAUUCUCUAGAUCUAAGCCACAACAAUUUCAUUGAGCCAAUCCCCAUAUUUAUAUCAAAGUUAGUCAACCUCAUCCUUCUCAAUCUUAGCCACAACAAUUUUAUUGGGUCAAUUCCCAGAUUAAAUUCAUUAACUCUCGGGACUCUUGAUCUUUCUUACAAUAAGUUGGAAGGAAAAAUAUCAGGUUGGUUAUGGCAUGUGCCGACGUUGAUACUUUCUCACAACUCCUUCAACCGUUUUGAAAAAUCAUUAGAAGUUUCUGAUUUAUCACAUUCCGUGACAUUGGAUCUUAGUUCGAAUGUUUUUCGAGGACCCUUACCCCAUUGGAUAUGCAAGCUUAGACCGUCAACGCUAUUAGAUUUGUCCAACAAUAGCUUCAGCGGCUCCAUCCCUCAAUGUUUUAGGAAUACCGUUGCUGGUCUCACAUCACUGAAUCUAAAGAAGAACAAUUUCAGUGGAAUUCUUCCUUCCAAUAUAUUUGUCAAUGCUACCAACUUAGCGUCGCUUGACAUCAGCUACAACCAGUUGGAGGGAAAACUUCCAGAAUCAUUGGUCGACUGUACUGUGUUGGUGUUUUUAAAUGUGCAAAACAACAAGAUCAAGGACAAGUUUCCAUUUUCUCUUUCGUCAUUAAAUGUCUUGAUCCUACGGUCAAAUGAAUUCUACGGGCCUUUGUAUCAUCCUCAUGUGUCCAUUGCUUUUCAAAGUUUACGAGUCAUCGAUAUAUCACAUAAUCACUUCAAUGGAACUCUGCCACCAUUCUAUUUUUCCAACUGGCUUGAAAUGAUCAUGUUAGCCGAAGAAUUUCAAGGCCAUAGCAUGUACAUGGGAUAUGACCUCUUUGAUGAUCCCUUCCGUUAUUCCAUGGAAAUAGUAAAUAAAGGAGUCGAUACGUUAUUUGAGCUGAUCCGGACAGACUUUGGAGCUAUCGACUUUUCAGGAAACAACUUUUCAGGAAAGAUCCCAAAAUCCAUUGGAUUAUUGAAGGGAUUGCGUCUUCUCAACUUGUCAAGUAACAGAUUCUCAAACCAUAUUCCUCAAUCAUUGGCAAAUCUGACAAAUCUUGAGGAAUUAGACCUAUCUCGGAAUCAGCUGUCAGGUCAAAUUCCUCGAAAUCUUGUCAGACUCUCUUUUUUGUCAAUCAUGAACUUCUCCCAUAAUAAUCUCGAAGGUCCAAUACCACAAAGCACACAGUUUCAAAGACAAAAUUGUUCUUCAUUCAUGGACAACCCCAAGCUCUACGGUCUCGAAGAUAUAUGUGGAAAAACUCAUUUCCCUAAUCCUACACCACAAGAAUCUGAGGAUUUAUCUGAGCCAGAAGAACAAGUGAUUAGUUGGAUAGCAGCAGCGAUAGCUUAUGGACCUGGUGUUUUCUGCGGAUUGGUGAUAGGACAUAUCUUCUCUCAAGGCAUAUACAACUGGUUCAUGUAAAAGUUCUGCCGAAAGCAAUUCCAAGAUAGUCACUAGAAGUGCCCCCUAGGACUCAAUCUCUCUUUAAGUGCUUGUGAAACAUAUGUAUGUGUGUGUGAGUUCUCCCAACGUACUUUUCAAUAUAUAAUUUUGUAAUAAAUGUCUUUUGGUAGUAUUGAUCUUAAACUUAAAAUGCAUUCAAAACUGGUGUGUGUGUGGUUAUCUGUAAUGCUAUUUUUUAUUUCUCAGUAAUUUGUCUUUGUCAUGGAAACAAAUAAAUCACGUCGUUUUGAGUCUUC